CAACACAUAUUCAUGAAUUUGCAAUUACCGAGAAGGAAAUGCAAAUUGGGCCUCCUUUCACAGACAAAUUCGGUUUAAAUAGCCGGCGAAUGUUGCAAAUGGCAGUCAACUCAGGUCCAGCAACAUAGGUCACAAUGCACGGUGGAGCAGUUCUCGCCCUUCUAGUCCUAGCGGUAGCUUCAGUCUCAGCCCAAGGGGGCGAAGAAGGCUACGGUCAUCACCACUUGGAGGAGUACAUCGAUUAUAGGGCACGCCCUCGCUACCACUACGACUACAACGUCCACGACCACCACACCCAUGAUUUCCACCAUCAAUGGGAACACAGAGAUGGGAAAGAAGUCAAAGGUGAAUACAGUCUCAUCCAGCCUGAUGGCAGAAGGAGGACUGUGAAAUACCGCGCUGGCAAACACGGUGCUGACUACAGGAUAAAGUACGAAGGACACAGUCACUCUGGGGGAAUAGGCUCUUUCGGUAUUGGCGGCAACUGAAGAACAGUAUUAAUGGGAUUAAUGGAAUGAUUUGUUGAUGCUCUGCUACCUAUGUUGUAUAAUAUUGUUGUUGUAUAUUUGUUCGCAAUAAAACAUGUUGACUUUUAGGUUUUAAA